AUUGAGCUUCACAAGUCCAGGUCCACCAUGUCUGAAGAUUCCCCUGCCCCUGAACAUGAACAUGAACAUGAACCGAACUCUCGUCCUAGACGAUCUGGUUCCGUCAUCAAGAUCUUAUGUCCUUAUUAUGUUGCCGGCGCUGUUAUAGGCAAAGGAGGUGAGAAUAUAAAGGAGAUCAAGGAGAGGAGUGAUGCAGCAGUGGUAGUCUCCCAGAACAAUGUCAGAUUUCCAGGGACCAAUGAACGAGUUAUUUCUAUCAGGGGUAGCAUUGAUGCCAUCAAGAUCUGUGUUAAUAUGAUCCAGGAGAAAAUCAGGACUGAUCAACCCCCUGAGAACGUGAAAGGACCAAGGACGGAGAACGAGAAAAGAAAGCAGUGCUGUAAAUUGGUUGUUUCUGAUAAUACCCUCGGACGUAUCAUCGGCAAAGCAGGAAAGACGGUACAAGAGAUGAAGAGUAAGCACAAUGUUGAGAUCAACACGACGCGUCGCUCAGAAACUCCCUUUGGCUUGGACGAGCGUGCGAUAUCUAUCGAGGGUGAAGAGGACUGUGUGGACGAGUGCACUGAGGAGAUCAUCAAGAUUGUGUGCGAGGAUACUUAUGCCAGCAUGCGAUUUGUCACCGACUACGAUAUGUUCUUCAUGGAUCGGAGGGGCCCUGCAUUCUAUGGUGGUUAUAAUAUGGGUCGUGGACGAGGAGGGUAUAACGGUGGUGGUGGUGGAGGUGGUAUGCGUGGUGGAUAUGGCGGUGGCUAUGGUGGACCUCGUGGUGGUGGUGGUGGUGGUGGUUAUGAUAUGUAUCCUCCAUUCAUGCGAGGUGGAUACCGCGGAGGCCGAGGACGGGGAAACUACAACAACUACCGUGACAACAAUAACGGACGGCGAGAUGAUAGGCGUGAGGAGCGAGGCCCCCGUAGAGAUUCAAGAUCUUAAAUGAACUGAUAAGUUCUAGUAGUUUAUUAUAUAUGCCACACCUUACAUCGUGGCACUAGACUGUCAUUUUAUCAUAUUUUUAACCGGUUACAAUAUAUCGUUAUUUUAAACAGCCUUCAAGUGUAUUCAAUUAAACCUCUAUUUGAUUUUUACAGCUUUUAUAGUUCGAUAACUAACUUUUAAGUUAUUGCUAAUUAGACUUUUUCUAGGGGAAAAUUUUCUUAAAUGUCGUGUAUGAUUGUGUCAGUUUUGACUUUUUGUAAGCCAGAACAUUUUUAUCGAUUAUAAUCACUGCAUUUGUAGAAUUUAUAGCUUGGAAUAUAGUAAACGUUCCUUUGGGUUCACUGGGUUGGUAAAAUUAAUCUUUUCUGAUACUAUCUUGAUCCUUCUUAAUUAAAUGCAAGAUGUUGAUUUGAGCUCAAUUUGAUCCCGACUGUGAUUAGAAAUCAAAUUUUUAGUGCAAUGUUGAAUUUUGUCACAACAUUUCUGCUCUUCGAAAAAUGGACCAUCUUUAAAAAUUCCUUUUUUUAAUAGAAAACGUUUAGUACGCAGUUGAGAUGUUAAACUUCCCAAUUGAAAGCGGCCUUAGCCUUACAGAUUGAGCUCAUGUCAUAGCGUUAGCAAGCUUAAAUCAUUGUUCAGUUUCGCAAGUCAAGAUAAGAAACUGAGAUUUGAGAUUUCUUGUCAAACUUUUAGUUAUAUAUGAGUUAAUAAAUUAUUUUAAAUGUACCUCUGAAUAUGCGUUGCAGGUUUAAUAUAUAGAUCCGUUAUAAUUUAAGUCUUUCUUGACGCCAGUUAAAUAGUUAGCUAACGAUUACGUUUCAAGGUAUUAGUUUUAAAAUUUAAGUUUAUUUAAGUAUUUGAUUUUUAUGGUGGUGGCCUCGCAUUACAACUGAAUGAAUACACAUAUAUCGCCUGGUUAAAUGGUAGCGUAGUGACGAAAUAUUUUAUUUUUAUUUGUUA